UUGGAUAUAAUGAAAAUUAUAUUUCAAAUACUUUUAAUAUUUUGUUGUGUUAUUUGUUUUAUUGAAGCGAACAAUGAUAGCACAAGUAUUGCUAGAAAAAAAAAGUUAUAUUAUUAUAAAUAUAAGCAUCUUAUCCCUUACAUAAUUUGGUAUGGAUUUGGCUUCCAUGCACUCGCAAUAUUAUAUUGGUUAAAAGUUAAAGCGGUGAUAAUUGCAUUUAUUGUUGGAACAGCUAUAGUUUGGGGUGCCAGAUAUAUUUUUGCUAAUAAAUCUUGUCCAAAAGAAAUAAUUCAUGAAGGACCGGUGAUUCCAUUUAGUCAUGGGCCGUUAUGGUCCAGUCAUGAUCAUAUUCCAUACUCACCUAGCUUUUCACCAAGUUAUUCUUUUGAUCAUCAUCAUGAUCAUGGAAUAGAAAGUUUUCCCUCGUCAUCAUUUCUAGAUACUUCUCCAUCAUCGAUAUCAGGUACGGAACAUUUUGCUUCCGAUAAAAAAUGGAAACGGCAGUCACGUGAAUCGCGUCAGCUAGAAUCUGAAGAGCAAAUAUCGACAAUAUUUUUCACAUUUUUGGGAGUUGAUUCAGAUGCAUGUCGCAGACGUUUCGUAUGUGAAUGGGAAUUUAAAUCUAAAAGAACACCUAUAACAAAUCUUGUAUUUAGAGUAUUUGGUAGAGGAAUCUUUACAAAAUACUUAAAAAAUUCAAAUGAAAUUCGAACAUUCGAUGAUUGUGGAAGAGUACAUAAUGAAUGUAGAUUUAUUGAACAGCAUAUACCUGAAAAAGAAUACGAAGAUUCUAAUGAAGAAAAUAUUAACACUCUUGAUCUUCAUAAUACCGAUAGGAAUGACGAGGUGUCAAAUUCAGAAGAUGAAAAUGAAAAUAAAAAUAAUGAAAUCGAAAGUAGUACACUAGAAUCAGAUGGUAGUAAUGAAAAACGUGAUGAAAACGAUAAACAAAACAAAGAUAUUUCCAAAAACAGUAUAGAUCAUGUAAAGAAAAACCAACCGGAAGUUAAAUUGUAUUCAAUUUCAAAUAAAGGUGUGAAAAACAAAAAUAUUAUCGCAGAAACGUUAUUCAAUAGAUCUAGAUCAAAACUACGAGUAAUACCUGCUAGACAUGAAUAAAUAUAAUGUGCUAAUUAAAUUUUAUUCACGCCUUUUGUGUGAUUAAAUACCUGGCUGCUUGCUCCUAGAUUUUAUUUAUUUAUUUAUUUAUUUAUUUUAUUUAUAUUGCUGAUGUUGCAAUUUGAGUGAUAAAAAAGCAUAUUUUGUUUUUAUCAUGUUGCACUUUCUUAAUAGAAAGUGAU